AUGGCACCCCUCGCAAACACAAAGACGUACAAGCUCAACAAUGGCGUCACCAUCCCCGCAGUCGGUUUCGGCACCUUUGCCAACGAAGGAGCCACGGGAGAAACGUACAAGGCCGUCACGCACGCCUUGAACACGGGCUACCGACACCUCGACUGCGCCUGGUUCUACCAGAACGAGGCGGAAGUGGGAGAUGCAGUACGCGACUUUCUCGAGUCGAACCCCUCGGUCAAGCGCUCCGAUCUCUUCAUAUGCACAAAGGUGUGGCCCCACCUUAUGGAACCUGACCAGAUCAAGUGGAGCUUCAACAACUCCUUGGAGAAGCUGAAGAUGGACUACAUCGACUUGUUCCUGCUGCACUGGCCAUUUGCGGCAGAGGCCAACGAGAACCGCAUGCCCAAGAUUGGCGCUGACGGCAAAUACAUCAUCAAGAAGGCAUUGACUGAGAACUUGGAACCUUCGUGGCGGGCUGUCGAGGACAUCAACCGCUCAGGCAAGGCCAAGGCAGUCGGUUGCUCAAACUGGACCAUCGAGGGUCUCAAGAAGCUUCUUUCAUACGCCCAAAUCAAGCCUGCCGUCAACCAAAUCGAAUGCCACCCCUUCCUUCCCAACGACGACCUGGUGCAGUUCUGCUUCAACAACAAUAUACUGCCUGAGGCAUACUCGCCUCUCGGAAGCCAGAACCAGGUACCCACUACCGGCGAGACUGUACGAGAGAACAAGACGUUGAACGAGGUCGCUAAGAGGAGCGGCCACGAUCUUGCACAGGUGUUGCUUGCCUGGGGUCUGAGGAGGGGUUACGUCGUCCUUCCGAAGAGCUCUACUCCCAAGCGCAUUGAGAGCAACUGGCUCAUUCCCGAGCUGAGCGAUGAGGACUUUGACGCCGUGCAGAGCGUCGCCAAAGGACGCCACACGCGCUUCGUCAACAUGAAGGACACAUUUGGCCACAACGUCUGGCCGGAGGAGGAGUAA